AUGCCCAGGGGCAGCGCCCGGGCCAGGACUGCGUUCAGCCGGGCACCUGUCCGCACGGGCAGCUCCCGCGGCUUCACAGCGGCGCCCGGUGGCCAGCCUGCUCCACGACAGCAGCGCCGGGGGCCGGCCCCGACCCUGGGCCCAGCAGCCGGAGCUCUCCGGCCCCCGUCCAGUCUGUCCGGUCACCAGCCGGACGCCGCUGCAGGCUCGGUUCACGGGGCCGUCGCGACGCACGUGUAUCUGGCGCGGGUCGACGUGGUCUCCGACGAGUGCCCCUUCUGCUACCAGAGGGAGACCCUGGCGCACCUGGUCGCCUACCGCACGGAUGAGGGGCAGCCCUGGGUCCUGCCAGUGGUGAGGAAGGUCGAGCAGAUGAUUGCCAGCAACACCAGCCUGAACCACGAGUACCUGCCCAUCCUCGGCCUGCCCGACUUCCGGGCCAACGCCUCGCGCAUCGCCCUGGGGGACGACAGCCCUGCCAUCAAGGAGGGGCGGGUCGGGGGCGUCCAGUCCUUGGGCGGGACGGGCGCCCUGCGCAUCGGGGCGGAGUUCCUGCGGCGCUGGUACAACGGGAACAACAACACGGCCACCCCUGUCUACAUCUCCUCUCCGUCCUGGGAGAACCACAACUCCGUGUUCACGGAUGCUGGUUUUAAGGACAUCCGGACCUAUCGCUACUGGGACCCAGCCAAGAGGGGCCUGGACCUGCAGGGGCUGCUGGAAGACAUGGAGGCUGCUCCUGAGUUCUCCAUCUUCAUCCUCCACGCCUGCGCGCACAACCCCACCGGCACGGACCCCACCCAGGAGCAGUGGAAGCAGAUUGCCACAGUCAUGAAGCGCCGGUUCCUGUUCCCGUUCUUCGACUCGGCCUACCAGGGCUUUGCCUCGGGCUGCCUGGACCGGGAUGCCUGGGCCGUGCGGUACUUCGUUGCCCAGGGCUUUGAGCUCUUCUGCGCUCAGUCGUUCUCCAAGAACUUCGGGCUGUACAACGAGCGCGUGGGGAACCUGUCCGUGGUGGGGAGAGAUGCCAACAACGUCCAGCGCGUGCUGUCCCAGAUGGAGAAGAUCGCCCGUACCACCUGGUCCAACCCACCCUCGCAGGGAGCCCGCAUCGUGGCCACCACCCUCACCUCCCCCCAGCUCUUUGCCGAGUGGAAGGACAAUGUGAAGACCAUGGCGGAUCGGGUCUUGCUGAUGCGGUCGGAGCUCCGUUCCCGGCUGGAGUCCCUGGGCACCCCCGGCACCUGGAGUCACAUCACUGACCAGAUUGGCAUGUUCAGCUUCACGGGGCUGAACCCUAAGCAGGUGGACUACAUGAUCAAGGAGAAGCACAUCUACCUGAUGGCCAGUGGGCGUAUCAACAUGUGUGGCCUCACCACCAAGAACCUGGACUAUGUGGCCAGCUCCAUCCACGAGGCCGUCACCAAGAUCUAGUGAAGGCUACCAGCGGCCCACCCCAUCAGACGCCACUAAUGUCACCGCAUGUGGUCCCUGCCCCCAACUCACCGCCCCCGGGGACAAUAAAGAUGGGAGCAAUGGCUCUGUUGGGGA